GAGAGAGAGGAAGGUGCAGAGAGAGAGAGAGAGAGGAAGGUGCAGAGAGAGAGAGAGGAAGAGAGAGAGAGGAAGGUGGAGAGAGAGAGGAAGGUGGAGAGGAAGGUGGAGAGGAAGGUGGAGAGAGAGAGAGGGAGAGAGAGACAGAGAGACGGAGAGAGAGAGACGGAGAGAGACCGAAAACGGAGACGACCUCGCGAGGGCCCGACAGUGACCGGUGAGGAGCCGCCUGCCGCCUGCCGGCCGCUGGCUGCUGGAGGAGGCUGGCCGUUCACCCGAGAUCGAUGCCAGACGGCGAGCUCGGGGGGCUGUGCCGCAGUGCACGAACUGCUGGAGCUGGGCCCUCCACGGCGCGGCACGACUCCACGACGAACUCGAGAAGCGUCUUCCAGGCUUCUCCAGCGGCGGGGAGACUACUCGCUGCCGGCGGCCUCCACAACGAAGCGGAUAGGUUGA